GGAUCCUCCUCGGCUAUAGGACUCGGGCGGGUCUGAAGUUUAAUCAGUUGACAAAGUUGCACCUCCUGUGGUAUAUUUCCAAAUGGGAAAGCUCGUGUUCAUCUCGCUGCUUGUAGCUGCCUUGUCGGCGCUGUUGGGGGAGAGGUUUGUCAACCUAAGGAGAAGAGCUCUCGCCUCCAGGGAGCUUGUGCAGAAUCAUCUGCCAAACUGUGUGACUCUAAAAAACCUCAACCAGGGCUCGGAGGAUAUAACCAUCAUCAGAGAUGGACUCGCCUUUAUCAGCACUGGUCUUUCCUAUCCUGGAAUGCCAGACCCAGAUGGUCCAGGAAAGAUCUAUUCUCUAGAUUUACAAGACCCUCGGCUGAAGCCAUUGGAGCUACGUGUGUCAAGAAACUUUGAUCUGGACUCGUUCAACCCUCAUGGCAUCAGUGCCUACGUCAGUCCAUCUGAUGAUGAGAUAUACCUGUUUGUUGUCAAUCAUCCUCACCACGGGAGCCAAGUUGAGGUAUUUCAGUUUGUUGAAGACGACCAAUCCCUGCUUCACCUGAAAACUAUAAAGCAUGAACUUCUCCAUAGUGUAAACGAUAUUGUUGCUGUGGGCGUGGACAGCUUCUAUGCAACCAAUGAUCACUAUUUUUCCAAUACUGCCUUUACAAGUCUGAUUGAGCUUGUUCUGGCUCAGCCUUGGACUAACGUCGUGUACUACAGCCCUGAUGAUGUCAGAGUAGUGGCUGAGGGUUACUAUCUUGCAAACGGCAUCAACACGUCCCCAGAUAAACAGCACCUUUACGUCGUCGAUGUAUUGGACCAUAACGUACACGUGUUAGAGCGGAAGGAAGAUAACGCCCUGGUCCCUGUGAAGGCUGUGGCUGUGGGUUCAAUGUGUGACAAUGUUGAAGUUGACCCUGAGACGGGCGACCUGUGGCUAGGCUGUCAUCCUAAUGGAUGGAAGCUGUUUAUGUGUGACACCAAAGACCCUCCUGGAUCUGAGGUCAUUAGAGUCCAGAACAUUCACUCUGAUCAGCCAGAGGUCACUCAAGUGUAUGCUGACGAUGGUCAGGUGAUCAUGGGUUCAUCCGUGGCAGCAACCUACGGAGGGAAGUUGCUAAUUGGCACUGUUUUCCACAAGACUCUGGUCUGUGAUCUGAAGUAGCCACUGACUCCAUUUUAUAACCUACUGAAAUUAUUAGGAGUAAAUGUUUGUGAUGGGCUGUGUUGUGGUUUCCUUUGAAACUGCUUAACUUAUUGCACUUAGAAGGAUGUAUGUGAUAAAACAGAGGCAACUGGAGUCCCUUGAAUUGCUGCUUUCUAGCAAGAAGAAAGUUGUAUUGCAGUUUUCUAGUAAUUAUCCUGUGGGAAGUUAUAUUUUUGGAGACACUGAAUUGAACAGGAGCUUAAAUGACUGUUAAGAGAUGUUUCUUUUAUCCCAAUUAAAAAAACCCAACAAAACUAA